AUGGAAAAACAUGUAUAUCUGACAUUCCUUCAAGUGCACACUGCCAACAUCAAUAUCUCGCCGCAUUCGUUGGCACCUUUGGUCAGUUUUCUGGUUCCAAUACUCUACUUUUGGGCUUCCGGAAAGGAAAAAUCUUCCGUGGGUGGCACUUGUAAGCUCGCUCAGCAGUGGCAAUACAUUGACAGUACAUUAUCUCUCCGAAAUUGUCGGCAUGCGGUCAACUCUGUCGUGAGCCAGCUCAUGGGUACAAUAUCGGGGGCCAUCGUACCAAGUGCCUCAAGCGGCUCAGAGUUUGAUUACUUCCCUUGA